AUGUUGGACGAAUCUCAACGCCCUGCUUAUUUUCUCUACAUGGUGCAGGAGUGGCUCACACUGGUACUCAACCUUGUCGUUGCAGGAAUGGCUGUAAUGCUCGUCAGCCUAGCACUAGAGCUGAGAGCCAAUGUAGGCAUCACGGGAGCAUCCUUGGUCACGGUAAUCACUCUUGGUGAUAACCUCAAUAUCACUGUGCAGCAAUGGACCAGGCUCGAGACAUCCAUUAGCGCCGUCAAGAGGAUUCGUGACUUCAACGAGACGGUAAAACCGGAGGGCAAACCGUCGGAGACCGUCGUCCCCCGGGAAGAUUGGCCAUCGACCGGUCGGAUCGAGCUACGAAAUGUAUCUGCGGCAUACGAUGCCGAAGCGCCUGACGAGAAGCCGAACCUGGCACUCCGCAAUAUUGACCUAGAGAUUUUGCCAGGCGAGAAGGUGGCGAUCUGUGGACGAACAGGCAGUGGAAAGUCAAGCACCAUAGCUCUCCUACUCAAGCUCCUCGAUCCUGUACCAGGGACACCUUCGGAGAUUAUGGUCGAUGGCGUAUCGCUUCACGACGUUAAUCGAGCCAUCCUUCGGCGUAGAUUCGUCGCCUUACCACAAGAAGCGGUUCUACUCCCAGAUGGCUCAUCGUACAGGCAGAAUCUGGACCCUCUGGAUAUGGGCGCCUCAGAUGGUGACUGUCGGCGAGUGCUGGAGCUUGUCAAUUUGUGGACAGUAGUGGAGAGUAGCGGCGGCCUAGACGCCUCAGUCACAUCCACCAGCUUUUCUCACGGCCAACAGCAGCUUUUCGCUCUUGCACAGGCUGUCCUCCGACGACAAUCUCGGGCGAUCCGCCUAGCUGCUUCUGGAAGUCCUGCGCCGGGCGGCGUACUGCUGCUGGACGAGGCCACAUCUUCCGUCGACCGGGAGACAGAGCGACUCAUGCAGCGGAUCAUUCGGGAGGAGUUCAAGAGCUGGACCAUCGUUGCUGUCUCUCAUAGACUGGAGAUGAUCAUGGACUUUGAUAAGGUUGUUGUUAUGGAUAAGGGCGAAGUCGUUGAGACUGGCAACCCUACAACACUGGUGGCGUUGGAGGGCUCGAAGUUUGGUAAGUUAUGGAAGGCGGCGAAAGGAGAAUGA